AAAUCCAACAAAAUUUCACACUUACUUGAAAAUCCGUUGCUGCUACUCCACAGCAAUCAAGUGGCAUCUGGAGGAGCAAUAUCACCGGCAGCGGUCUCAACAUCAUCAACAACGUUAUUAACGGCGUCCAACGUCGUUGGGGAGCGUAACGAUUUCUUUAACGUGGCUUCAACGGACGGCAUCAGGACGCAAAACAGCAAAGUACACCCAAGUCCGGGGGCAGGAACAGCCCGUAGUGUGUGGGCCCUGCCCCUGACAUAUGAUAGUUGCAACAUGGUUGCAGAGGAGGAUGGUGCACACACUGACCAUGAGGUGGAUCCACGACGACCCCACACGCCACAUGUAGUGGAAGUUGGCAGUGGGGUAGAUGGUGCUGUGGGCGGACCAAAUGGUACGGUUGGCGGCGGUGGUGCUAAUGCUGGCCGCGAUGAUGGUGCAGUGGAUGAAAAUCUGCUAAUUUUUGAAGGUGUUGAUGGUUCGGUGGCCCAUUUGGAUGAUAUUUUCGAUAUUAUUAAGAAUGGAGAAGUUAGUGAUGUUGAGAAGUUAACGGAAAAAUUUGGCAUUGAAUGUUUGUCGGCACGUGACCGUCAUGGCUACACUCCGGCCCAUUGGGUAGCCCUAAAUGGCAAUGUAGAAAUGAUGCGUUAUUUGAUUGAGAGAUUGGCCCCGAUCGAUUUACCUUGUCUGGGUACACAGGGACCGCGACCGAUUCACUGGGCCUGUCGCAAAGGCCAUGCAGCUGUGGUACAAGUUAUGCUUCAAGCGGGAGUUAAUGUAAAUGCGGCCGAUUUCAAGGGCUUGACACCAUUACACGUGGCCUGUAUGUAUGGACGUACAGCUACGGCUGCAUAUCUCUUGGGCAUGGGUGCCCUCAAUCAUUUGACAGACAUUAAUGGCGAUACUGCCUUGCAUUGGGCUGCCUAUAAGGGUCAUGCGGAUCUUAUGCGCUUGCUAAUGUAUUCUGGUGUCGAAUUGCAAAAAACUGAUAAUUUCGGUUCGACGCCACUGCAUUUGGCCUGUUUGUCGGGUAACAUGUCUUGUGUACGUUUGCUGUGCGAAAAAUCCAAUAUGGAUUUAGAGCCCAGAGAUAAAAAUGGCAAAACUCCCAUGAUGUUGGCCCAGGCUCACCAGCAUCAGGAUAUUGUUCGUUUGCUAUACACUGAGGUGAAGAAAAAGUCGCGCUGGAUACCAUCAAUAUCGGAAAUUUGGGGUUGGCUAUUUGGCGGUGCUGGCGAUUCCAAGGGACCGUUGUUAUUGUUUUUAUUCUCGGUGUUGCUAUGGGGUUAUCCAAUGUAUAUGAUAAGGGCCAUACCAAUUACUUGGAACAUUUUGCGACGUUCCCAUUAUUGUUUUAUCUAUUGGAAUGCCGUUAUGUGGAUUAGUUGGAUAAUUGCCAACCGUCGUGAUCCCGGUUAUAUACCACUGAGCUCCGAUGCCUAUUAUAGGGCCAUUAAACAAAUACCCUAUUUUGAUAAACUAAAGAAACGUAAUGUCAUUUUAACUAGACUCUGUCACAGCUGCCGUUGUCUACGCCCACUGAGGGCUAAACAUUGUCGUGUUUGUAAUCGUUGCGUCUCCUACUUCGAUCAUCAUUGUCCAUUCAUAUAUAAUUGUGUGGGACUGCGUAAUAGGAUGUGGUUUUUCCUAUUUGUUCUGUCGGUGGCUGUGAACUGCUCCUUUACCAUUUACUUUGCCUGUUAUUGUGUCAUGAUUGAAGGAUUUACGUUGUUGUAUGUAUUGGGCCUAAUAGAGGCUGUGGUUUUUUGUGGUUUGGGAUGGAUUUUGACAUGCACUUCGAUCCUUCACGCCUGCAUGAAUCUCACAACCAAUGAAAUGUUCAAUUAUAAACGCUAUCCCUAUUUGCGUGACAAACGUGGUCGUUAUCAGAAUCCCUUCUCACGUGGACCCAUUUUGAAUCUAUUGGAAUUCUUUGUAUGUCUGCCAGAUCGUAACGAUGACAAUGAUUUGCUUUUGGAGGAUAACAUUUGAUUAAGAAGCUAGGAACGCCAGUUGGCGCGCCGCCGUCGUUUACAACCGCCACCCGCACGAGGAUAAUAUUGG